AUGCAAGUUGAACGGGUGGCUGUUAUCGGCGCAGGGCCCUGUGGCCUGGGAGUCGCAAAAUAUCUUCUUGCUGAACAAAAAUUCAAGAUCACCAUUUUUGAGCAGCGCGACAAACCUGGUGGUGUUUGGAAUUACACUGGCGAUCAAGGCGUCAACAAUGCAUCGGUGGUUUCUCAUUCUAAGCCAAGCCAGGAGCCUCAACAGCCUGUGAACGGGACUUUUAUUUCCCCUGUAUAUGAUUCUCUCGAAACAAAUAUUCCAAAUUCGAUGAUGCAGUUCACCGAGUAUCCGUUCCCUAAGGGAACCGCGCUAUUUCCAACCCAUGUCGUUGUGAAAGACUAUCUCCAUCAGUAUGCAGAGGAGUUGAAGCCGUUCAUAAGCUUGCAAUCCUUGAUUUUGGAUGUGAUCCUAUCGAAGAAACACCCAAAGCCAGAAUGGACUGUGACGUGGCGCAAUUUGAAGACGGGCGGCACCUUGUCGGAGCAGUUCGAUGCAGUCGUAGUCGCAAAUGGACACCACAAUGACCCAUAUAUCCCCGGAAUCCCUGGCUUGGCUGAAUGGAAUCGAGCCUACCCAGGCUCGAUCAUUCAUUCUUCCUCUUAUAGGCGUCCCGAAUCGUUUGCAAACAAGAAAGUUAUUGUCGUCGGUCACUCCGCCUCGGGAAUCGACAUCGCCACUCAAAUUGGUCGUGUGUCAAAACACCCGCUGCUGAUUUCCGAACGGACAGCAACAACUCUCUCCCCAGAACAAGCAGCGGUUGCCCAAACCCUUCCCGAAAUCAGCCUUCUCAGUGCCGAAGGUGGUCGUGUGCAGUUUAUCGACGGUCGCGAAGAGCGAGAUGUCGAUAACAUUAUCUUCUGCACAGGAUACCACUUUUCCAUUCCAUUUUUAUCAUCUCUGCAGCCGUCUCUUAUCACGGAUGGUGUGCGCCCUCAUCAUUUGUACCAGCACGUCUUCUAUAGUAAAGAGCCCACCCUCGCUCUCAUAGGCUUUCCCCAACGGAUUGUACCAUUCCCUUUCAGUCAGGCACAAGGGGCUUGGGUCGCUCGCGUGCUGUCGGGACGAGUAGCGCUGCCUUCUGAGAUUGAAAUGGAGCGGUGGAUUGGGGAGUGGACGGUCGAGCGCGGGGAAGGACAUAGCUUCAAUGUUCUUGCUUUCCCGCUUGAUGCAACCUACAUCAACUCCCUGCACGAGUUAAGUUCACAUGCCACGCGAAUGGAUGGGUUGGAAAAUGACGGGCAGGGCAAAAGACCACCCUUCUGGGGCGAGAAAGAGAAGUGGACGCGUGCGAGAUUCCCGUUGAUCAAGAAGGCGGCGCAGGCACUUGGUGAUCGGCGAGCUCAGAUUAAGAGUUUGGAACAGCUUGGGUUCGACUUUGAGAAGGAGAUUGCUCAAGAUGUCGAGGUUGGGAAUCCGCGUCUAUAG